GUUCCAACGGCUCACCUCUGACGCUUCAUGGUUGGUACGUAGAGAGUCGAGAGGAGGAAUCUGACCGAGCUGUGAGUCCCGCUGCACUCUCUAUCUUUCUGGAUAUACAACCACACACACACACACAUACACAUACACAUACACAUACACACAUACAUACCCACACACACACAUACACACACAGACACAGACACACCCGGAUAACCGAGGGGGAUAUUAUGGCGACGUUGGGCCCGGAGUCGGCGCGUCCUCCCCCGCUCGUGCAGCUCGUCUCGGGGAUCCAGGCUCCUCUCGGAAACCUGCCUCCCUCGCGGGGCUUGGAGCGCGCGCUGGAGGAGGCGGCGGCACGCGGAGCGCUCAUCCUCAGCGCGAGGAAGCUGAAGGAGUUUCCCCGCGCCGCGAACAACCACGACCUCGCAGACACGGUGGACGCAGACCUCUCUAAGAACAGAUUGUCGGACGUUCCCAUGGAGAUUUGUCACCUGGUGGCUUUAGAGAACCUGAAUCUGUAUCACAACUGCAUCAGAACCAUCCCCGACUCCAUCAUCUGCCUGCAGUCCCUCACAUCUCUCAACCUGAGUCGAAACCAGCUGUGCUCGCUGCCCUCCUGCCUCUGUAAUCUCCCUCUGAGGGUCCUGAACGCCUCAAACAACAAACUGGUGAAUCUGCCCGAGACCAUCGGACAACUGCACAACCUCAUGGAGCUGGAUAUCAGCUGUAAUGAGAUCACGGCUCUUCCUCGUCACAUCGGCAGACUCAAAGCUCUGAGAGAACUGAACGUGCGCAGAAACCUCCUCUGCGUCCUUCCAGAAGACCUGGCGUCUCUCCCUCUGGUGAAGUUCGACUUCUCGUGUAACAAAGUGUCCACGAUCCCCGUCUGCUACAGAAAGAUGAAGCAGCUUCAGUCUCUACAGCUGGAGAACAACCCUCUGCAGAGCCCCCCCCAGAUUGUGACUCGGUGCGUCUGAUUGAAGAAAGUCCUACGGAGGCCCUGAAGGAUCAAAUCAACUUCAGAGACUCUGCGCUCAGCACACGCUUCGUCAACUACAUCAAGGGUCGGACAGCAGCAGACUUCGAUGAGCCUCUGAGGAUAGAGGAAGACUCACACUGGCCCACCGAACAAAUGUCAAAGCAUGAGAUGAUCCACCAGCUGAAGGAAGCCGUGGAGCUGCUGCAGGACCCCAGCAGAGCGGAGCAGGACGAUGUGUCUGGAGUUCAGCUCUACCCCGUGGAGAUGGUCAAUGUGGAGGAGUCUCUCAAUGGGCAGGACAGCGAUGACGGCGGCGGCGGCACACCGAAGCAUCACGACAGAUAUCCGGGCUGCGGUCCUCCAUCUUUCUCCAGCCCUGUGUUCGGACUAAAGCCCCGCUCAGUGUUCCUUCGGAGCCACAAGAGUCUUGAAUCAGUCGACCCUCAGUUCACGAUGAGGAGGAAGAUGGAGCAGCUGAGAGAGGAGCUGGAGCUCACAGACCAUCUGAGAGACAGCAUAGAGAGCCGUCUGAAGGUGGAUCUCCCUGAAGAUCUGGGCUCCUCUCUGAUGGACGGAGUGGUGCUCUGUCAUCUGGCCAAUCAGAUCCGCCCGCGCUCUGUGGGCAGCAUCCACGUGCCCUCCCCUGCUGUGCCCAAACUCAGCAUGGCUAAGUGUCGGAGGAAUGUGGAGAACUUCCUGGACGCCUGCAGGAAAAUCGGGGUCCCACAGGACAAGCUGUGUCUGCCCCAUCACAUCCUGGAGGAAAAAGGUCUUGUGAGGCUCGGGGUGACGGUGCAUGCGCUGCUGGAGGAAAGGUCCUGCAGACACCUGACGUGAAACACUCUCUCACACACACACAGGAUGCACAGAUGUUAAGGGAGAUGUAAUCACUGAAUCCUAAAAGAGUGCCGCACAGAUCCAAGUUUCUCUCACCUUUAAUUAUGAUUUCUUUAUAUCCUGCGUUUCUUCAGGAGAACACAGGAGAACAAACUGAUACCUGGAGAGUGAUUUAAUUCUGUUUGACCAAGCAUGACGGACUCUUAGGGCCACUGUGAGCAAAUUGAUAACAUUAUGAGAUUAAAGUGGUUUGUGGGAGUUUAAGGAAACAAGACUAAAUAAAUUACAAGUUUAAGUCAUAUAGAAAUAUGACUUUUUCUCAUUAAAAGUUGAAUUAUUGUCAUUUAAUUAACUUUUCUCACCAUUUUUGGAAAUAAUCGUCAUUUUAUUUAGAAAAUCCGAGAUAUCUUUCCCUCUACCGUGGCCCUAAAACUGUUGUACGAAAAUAAAAGCAGGUUUUUAAAGGUAAAUUCGAUUUGGUGGAUACUAUGCAAACCUGUUCUAUAUUAACAGACGUCUAGUCUAAACAAGGAUCUCUUAAUCUGUAUUUAAUCAUAAAGAUAUUUAUAAUAUAAAGAGGAGAACGUGUUUGAGUUUCAAAAAGAAAAACGCCACAAAUAUUUUCUCUAAUAUAUUUGAGGUAUUCCUGUUUCUGUGGAGCUCUGUGCGUGAAACACAAAACACAACAGGUGGUUGUUAUUCUCAUUAAAUCCUCCCUCACGUCUCCUUUAAGGCUUUUUCUGUGAAAUCUCUUCAGCAGUUUUUGUUUCCUCGUGAGAUUCAGUUUGCUAUCGUGCCAAAAGUCAGAAGCUCCUCAGGUCUGUUUCUGCAGGAUCCAUCCCAUAAUAAUCCAGAUUUGUGGGUAGAUAUGAACAAUCCUCCGCACUGAGACACUUGACAUCAAUCACAGCUGGGUUUUAGGGUGGACAUUUAACAAAAAACCUCCAAUUAUGAGUCUAAAAUAACCAGAAAUAUAAAGUGUUUGAAUCCUGUUGCUAGGCAGAUCAUGUUCUACUGCAUCAUUUCAUUUAAAGGGGCAGUACGUAAUUGUUGGUGUUUAUCGUCCUCUGCUGUCACUGAUUUAUUUAGAUUAUAUUUAUUGUACACAGCAGUGUACAUGAACAGUCAUCUAAAAGUCCCGCCCACUUACUGUCAGUCAUCUAAAAGUCCCGCCCACUUACUGUCAGUCAUCUAAAAGUCCCGCCCACUUACUGUCAGUCAUCUAAAAGUCCCGCCCAUUUACUGACAGUCAUCUAAAAGUCCCGCCCAUUUACUGACAGUCAUCUGAAAGUCUCGCCCACUUACUGUCAGUCAUCUGAAAGUCCCGCCCAUUUACUGUCAGUCAUCUGAAAGUCCCGCCGACUUACUGUCAGUCAUCUGAAAGUCCCGCCCACUUACUGUCAGUCAUCUCAAAGUUCCGCCCAUUUACUGUCAGUCAUCUAAAAGUCCCGCCCAUUUACUGACAGUCAUCUGAAAGUCCCGCCCACUUACUGUCAGUCAUCUGAAAGUCCCGCCCAUUUAUUGACAGUCAUCUGAAAGUCCCGCCCACUUACUGACAGUCAUCUAAAAGUCCCGCCCACUUACUGACAGUCAUCUAAAAGUCCCGCCCAUUUACUGACAGUCAUCUAAAAGUCCCGCCCAUUUACUGUCAGUCAUCUAUAAGUCCUGCCUCAUUUCUGUCAGUCAUCUGAAAGUUCCGCCCACUUACUGUCAGUCAUCUAAAAGUCCCGCCCACUUAAUGUCAGUCAUCUGAAAGUCCCGCCCACUUACUGUCAGUCAUCUGAAAGUCCCGCCCACUUACUGUCAGUCAUCUGAAAGUCCCGCCGACUUACUGUCAGUCAUCUGAAAGUCCCGCCCACUUACUGUCAGUCAUCUCAAAGUCCCGCCCACUUACUGUCUUAGAUUUUUUAAUUUAUGAGGAAAAAAAACUCUAAAAUUCUCUGAGAUUAGAUUUUUUUAAUAUACAAAAAAUAAAUAAAAUUAUCUCUAAUGAUCUGAAGUAAAAACAAUUACAAAAAAUCUAUAUAUACUCUUAAAUUAAAUUAGCAAAUGUAUUUAUAAAAAUGCUGAAAAUUAUCUGAGACUAAUUAAAUACAGCAAACUAUCAAUACCAUAUCAAAUGUACGUACCGGCCCUUUAAGAACACUCUCUAUCCGGCAUCAUGUUUUUAUUUAAAUGCAAUAAAACACCUUUAUUUCCCGACGCUCUGAACCUGCAGGAUUUAAUGAACGAGUGAAUAUAAGUUGUUAUUGUUUGUGUAAAUACGAAGCAGCUUGGUAUCCAAAGCUUUAUCUCCUUAUAGAUUCAGCAGGUCAAUAAAAUGACACGUUUCCACCGGACCAUUCAACGGUUGCCAAAACAAACAUUUCUCUUUAUUUAAAUGUGAAUAUAAUAAAUCACAAGUAUCUCUGCUUCUUGUAUAUUUCACCAGAAAACACCUGAAUUAUCCACAAUAUCACGUGUUUUAAUGCCAAUAGAUCUUGCAUUCUGACAGUCUUAUAACACACGUACUGGUUUGUAUUGAUCAGAUAUAAUGUGAUUAUUAUCCUGUGUGAAAUAGAAAUAAAGCAGCAAUAUGUCUUUCUUAUAUUUCUUAUAUUUCCCGCUGAAAAACAACUCUAGGAUUUUUAUUAUUAUUUAUUAUAGUUAUUUUAGCGUUUCUUACACUGGUUAAAUAUGUGGUCAGAUUUGAGAGGAGAAACAUGGAGAUUAAAUAUAAAUAAUAUUAUGAGAAUAAAGCUUUAUUGGGAGUUUAAUAAAUAGAUAUAAUUCAACAUAAAAAUGUGAAUUAAGUUGUGAUUUUAUUAUUAAUUUAAGUUGCUUUUUUAUUUUUAUAAUAUUGUAUUUAUACCUAAUUUUAUGGGGGGAAAAUGCAUCUUUAUUCUCACAAUAUUACACAUUUUCUUAAAUAAUUACAUUUAUUUCUAAACUUUCUUUGUGGUUUUAAAAUAUAUGUUUAUUACGAUUCAUAUAAAGUCAUAAUUGAUCAUAUUUGGAGAUUUGGUUCCAAUUUUAUUGGUGAAAACAGGAAGAAAUCAGGAGUAAAACGUGAUUAAAAACUUUAAAUAAAGCUGGUUUUCGCUCCACAGUUCUGUUCACAGAAUCUGCACUUUAAUAAACUUUAAUACACUUUAUUUAUAUCUUUGUUUUGGCAACUGAGGGAAUCUGAAAUGAGAGUUUUUAAAUGUGUAAAUAAUCCCUGCUGAGUUUGUAAAUAUAUCUUUCCUGUUUUCACAGUUUUGUACUUUUCUGAGCGAGGAGGAGGAGAUUUAUUUAGAUGUGACUUUGUGAACCUUUUGUAGCGUUUGUUGUUCAGCAGAAUGCAUGUUCCUCUAGCUGCUGAGAGAUCUGUAAAUAAAGCUCCAGAAACACCUCA